AUGAAGAUAUGGAGGGAAGCUGCCGUUUUACUCGUGGCCCUAGUGAUAUGGACAGUAGCAUCGAAUGAUGUGGUUGUCACCAUACCUCAAGGGCAACUACGGGGGCGCUCUAGUACAAUACUCGGCUACCCCAUUCAAAUGUUUAUCGGAAUACCUUACGCAAACCCACCCGUGGGCCGUUUGAGGUUUCGGAAACCCGAGCCUAAAGCACCGUGGAGCGGCGUUUACGACGCGACCUUUCCGAAGACCUCCUGCAGCCAGCCACGGCUCCCGAACAUGUUCCCUGUACCUGUGGCUCUAUCGGAGGACUGCCUGUACCUGAACGUGUGGACUCCUUCGACGACCGACGGUAGAAAGAGACCCGUUUUUGUGUGGUUGUUCGGCGGCAUCUUCAUUGUCGGUUCUGCGUACCAGGACAUGUACAACGCUACGGUACUCUCGGCUAUCAACGACCUCGUUGUCGUAAGUUUCGACUAUCGUCCAUCCAUCUACGGUCUCCUCGAUACGGGCACUCCUGAAGGGCCGGGCAACCUUGCCCUCUGGGACCAACGACUGGUGCUCGAGUGGGUCCGCAGCAACAUCGCUGUAUUCGGAGGAGACCCCGAGACCGUCACUCUGUCCGGCGUGAGCUCGGGUUCCAUGAUGGCACACGCCCACGUGAUGUCUCCGCUCAGUAGCGGCUUGUUUAAGCGCGUCUUCUUGAUGAGCGGCACACUGUGCACCGAUACAACAUCCGACUCUGUGACAGAAAGCAUUGUCAAAGGAAACCAGGUUGCGAGGAUCGUCGGCUGCGCAGAUUCCUUCCAGGAUCUCACAACCCACACAGAACGCGUCCUAGACUGUCUCCGGGAGAUAGAGGCCUGGCGUCUAGAUAUAGCGGCACUGGCGGCUAUGCUGCCGAAGUUCUUAUUUUUCAUGCCCACUUUCAAGAACGAGUACCUGCCGUUGCUGACCUCGGACGCCAGUGCAGCAGGAGCCUUCGCGCCCGUCGACGCUCUUGUUAGCGUCGUGUCUAACGAAGGAGCAUUUCCAUUCAUGUUCCAGCUUGACAAUAGGCUACUUGAUCCGGACCUAAAAGGCAUCAGCUCUGGGUACUUUCGAGCUCUAAGCGAGGAGUUGAUCAAUAUGUGGGAAAAGGAUAAGGUCGUUCCACUGGGCGUGGCCUACCUGGAGCGUGCGCCACCGGAUGACAAUUUGGCCAUGAGGGAGGCAAUGUGCGACUUUUUUGGAAAGCAGAAUGCUUACUGCCCGAGCAGGUUAUUCGCUGAAAGUCACUCAAACGUGGGCGCUAAGGUAUACGGGCAGGUGUUCGCGCACCGAUCAAAAAUGGCUACCACUCCGGAAUGGAUCGGAGUCACGCACCUGGACGACGUGCCGUACAAUUUUGGAGUCCCUUUUCUGGAUGUGAAUAGCUACACCGACGAAGACCGAAGUUUUAGCCUGGAGGUAAUGAAGAGCCUCGCAAACUUCGUUAGAAAUGGGACACCCGGCCUUCCUUCGUUCGAGAACUGGCCACGGUUUUCUCUGGACAAUCCGAGCUUUGUGUGGCUUCAACCCGGCAACUACGGAAUUGUGAAUGAUUUUUAUAACACAGAGUGUGAACUCUGGAGGAAAUUUCUCUGAGUUGGAGAACGUUAUACCGUAC